AUGUUAUUUUUCAGCUUCUUCAAGACUCUUACGAAUCGCACCGUCACGAUUGAAUUAAAAAAUGACAUCCGGAUCCGUGGUACAUUGAAGAGUGUGGAUCAAUAUUUGAACGUCAAGCUGGAUGAUAUCGAAGUUCUCGACUUGAACGAGUAUCCGCAUCUCUCCAGCGUUAGCAAUGUUUUCAUUCGAGGAAGUGUGGUGAGAUAUAUCGUUCUGCCACAAUCCGAGGUUGAUACCGGCCUACUGGAGGACGCAACAAGACGAGAAGCUGCAAACCAAGCCAAUAAGGCACGGUAA